AUUUAUUUCCGUUUGUACCUACAAUCCUGGCAGUGAUGAUCCACAAAGCCGGAACAUCAAGUUUCUUAUUUCUUCCGACACUAACCUGUUGUACUAGCAUUUAAAAUAGGAAGGGCUACCUGGACUAGGCUCAAGUCAUGAAGACGGCGAAUAUUAAUUGGAUUUGAUAAUUCAAGACGGCAUGAUCUGGUGAUAUAGCGUCUGACCUGGGGAAAAAUUGGACAACGUAACGUAAUGUGUUAUCUUCAACGGAAAUUAUACAGCUUUACUUUAUUGAGACUCAAUUUCGCCAAGAUCAAGGCUUCCUUAAUCAUGUUCAUGAUGUCCACGAACUGAUUUCAGGGAGCAUAGCUAUCGUUUUGUAAGGCAUUUUCAUGAUAAUUCACGAUUGUACAUAUUUUUCCCAUCUCUAUUACUAGACAUUUGAGCUUGAAGACUGGAUAUUUUCAGAAAUAAGGUCUAAAACACAGCUUCCAGAUUUGAUCACAAUCUUCUAAUACAUUAUCAUUCGAAUGAAGAUAUGACUACAUGAACAGAAUUUGAACCUUGUGAGGAAACGUAGAAAACAGCCAUGUCGACAUCGGCUCCGGAACCAAACCUUGAUAACUUAGGCAAUACCGAUAUUAACCCUGAUGAAGACGUCACUAUCAAGAACAUCGACUUGAGUGUCGUUUUGGAAGGACCAGCCCCGCUUCGGUGGGGGAUUUGCGCCACUGGCCUGAUCGCGCACGACUUCGUCGCCAGUCUCGUCGGCCAUGAACGCCAGCACGAGGUGGUCGCCGUGGCGUCUCGGUCAGCGGAUCGGGCGAGGAAGUUCGCGGACGAUUUCAAGAUCGAGAAGGCCUAUGGAAGCUACGAGGAUCUAGCGAAGGACACUAGCGUUGACAUCGUUUACGUUGCAUCUAUUAACACCAAACACCUUGAGCACUGUCUACUGUUCACAGAGCACAAGAAACACGUUUUAUGUGAGAAACCCAUAGCACUAACGGUCAGAGAUACACAGGAGAUCCUCAAAUCGGCAAAACAAAAUGGCGUCUUUUUUAUGGAGGGAAUGUGGACAGCUUUCUUUCCAGCCUGCGAGAAAAUCAGAGAAAUCAUUACAUCCGGGCAACUUGGUGACGUCAGAGCUCUGCUCGCAAACCACGGCCAGAACAUAUCACAUGUCGAGCGCAUUUCAAGAAAGGAUUUAGGAGGAGGUGGUUUAUAUGAUCUUGGUGGAUACCUGAUGUACUGGGCUGCCAUGGUGUUUGGAAGGGCGCCUCUCUCGUUAUACACACACGGAUUCCUCAACUCGGAUGGCGUCGAUGAGACCUUCACGACCACCAUGCUAUAUCUAGGGGGCGCUGUAGCGACUUUGACGUGUAGUACCAAGGCUAACUACCAAAACGACGUCACAAUAAUUGGAACUAAGGGUAGAAUUAGGAUUCCGAAUAAUAUGUGGCGUCCAUCUAGUUUCGAGUGGAUUAAUGAAGAAGAAGAGUCGACAUUCUUUGAGUUCACUAACCCAAUCUCCGAUCAAUCGUAUCAUUUCGGCACGGAAUGGUCGGCCAUGUAUUUCGAGGCUGAAGCGGUCAGACAGGCGAUAGCAAGAGGUUUGAAGGAGCACCCUUUGAUGAGUUGGAAAUCUACCCAGCUGAUCGCCCGUCUUCUUGAACAUGCAAGAAGAGACUUGCGUAUGACGUGGAACGAUGAAGAUUGUCUGUGAAACCUGGUCCACGCUUUCAAGACUUUUUAAAGCUAUCAUUCGAGGACCGGUUACACUUUUUGCUCCAAUAUGAAGGGAAUACCAGGGCGCCGCCUACGUUUAUUUGAUAGGGCAUGGGGUAUUAGCGAGUUAUACAGUCUUUCAAAAGUAACAGUUUUUCCAAUUUCUUUGACGUUUUUAAUUUAUUGUUUUGGGUUUUUUUACGAAACAAGACCAAGAACAGUUUCAGCUAACUAAUUGCCUUUGGUAAUAAUAAUGAUUAUUCUGAGACAUAAAUUUAAAAAAAUACCUAUUGUAAUAUUU